CGGCGCAGCUCAGAGACAAGAGCAUAUAGAGCCAAAGAAACGCAUGAGAGAAACGGCAAACAGGAGGUAGAGUCGCAGAGAGUUCGAUUCAAAUAGCGCGAGAAUGAGAGCUUGAAGACGAAGACGCCUUCUGACAAAAGGGAGUCCAGAUCGUAAAACACGACCGGAGUAGCCACAGGAGUCGGAGACAGCCGAAGGGCUGUCAGUUAGGCGUCACAAAACAAACCCUACAUGUCCUUUUGAUAGCUGGAAUACAGAACACGUACGAAGUGUAUCUUCAAUCAUUGAUUCAUUGUAUCCACUUGCAUAUAGCAGUUGUGCAUCUCUCCCAAUAGCUGGUGUCUCCACUUGUGGCUGCUAAUCCUCGCGCCUAGCAGAGUCUGAAAAUGGGGGGUCAGAAGAAACCUUCAAAAUCUAGUAAGAAUGCAGGUCGAAGUGUUUCCACGAUAUCUACGUUUGAUGGACCUGAGCAACUGGGGAAUAGCGACAAUGAUACCAAUGAUGAAGAGAUUGAAAUCCGUCCCAGUACUACCUUCACUGGAAAGAAAAAGAAAUCAUCUAAAAAGAGUAAUCCAUUCUAUUUGGAUGAUGAUGAAGAUGCCAGUUUAAAUAAACUGAAUUCUGAUUCAUUUGAAGAGGAUGCCACUGCUCAGGAAGAGGAAGAUGAUACAUCUGUGAUUGUGUUUUGUGGUAAAAAGAAGUCAUCUAAAAAGAAGAGUCAAUCUGCAUUCCACAUGCUUGAGGACGAACCAAUAGAUGAGUCACCUGAUGCAGUUGAUUCUGAAAAAAACAGCUUCGCUGAUAUAGACAGAGAAGCAGAAGUAGCAAAAAGCAAGAAGCAGGUGAAAGAUGAUACUGCUGGAAUUUCAAAGAGCAAGACAAAGAAGAAGAAGGGCGGGAAAACAGCUCAAGAAGACGAGGAUGAUAUUGAUAAGAUUCUAGCUGAGCUUGGUGAAGGUGCAUCCAAUCCUUCGAUGCCUCUCCCGAGGGAUAUCUUACAGGUGCAGCCUGAACCGAAAGGUACCGAUUCAUUUGAAGAUUCCACUGCUCAGGAAGAUGAUACUUUGAUUAUGUUUUCUGGUAAAAAGAAGUCAUCUAAAAAGAAGAAUCCAUCUGCAUUCAACAUUCUCCAGGAAGAGUCCAUAGACAAGUCACUUGAUGCAGUUGGUAAUGAAAAACAGAGCUUAGCUGAAAGCGUCAGAGAUAUAGAAGGAACAAAAAGCAAUCAGGUUCAAGGUGACCAAUUUGGAAUUUCGAAGACCAAUUCAAAGAAGAAGAAGAAGGGUGGAAAUACAGCUCAAGAAGAUGAGGAUGAAAUUGACAAGAUUCUAUCUGAGCUAGGUGAAGCCCAAGCCGCAUCCAUUCCUUCUGUGCCUUCUCUACCUCCCCCCGAAGAGAAGUUACAGGUACAACCUGAACCCAAAGGAAAAGCUAAGAAAAAGAAGGGUGGGAAAAAAACUGAAGAGGACAAUGAAAUUGACGCCGUUUUGGCUGAACUUGGAGGGGGUAUGCAAACAUCAAAACCUGACCCUGCUUCUCCCCAAGAGGAAAAAGACAAGGAUUUUCUUGAAGCAGGAGAAGAUAUUCCUGAGAAGGAAACAUCAGAGGGGGUGGCGGCGGAGUCUGCAGUUGCAAAGAAGAAGAAAAAGAGGAAAGAGAAAGCAAAGGAGAAAAAGACAGCUGCAGCUGCAGCAGUUGCACCUGUAAUUGAGGAAAAGCAGGAAGCAAAAGCUGAUGGCAAGGGUAAGGCUGAUAAAAAAGUCCCUAAACACGUCAGAGAGAUGCAAGAGAGGCUUGCCAAACUCAAAGAAGCAGAAGAAAGAAAGAAAAGGGAAGAGGAGGAGAAGUUGAGGAAGGAAGAAGAAGAACGCCUCCGGCUAGAGGAGUUAGAAAGGCUUGCAGAGGAAAGGAAGCGCUUAAAAAAGGAGAGGGAGAAGGAAAAAAUGUUGAAGAAGAAGCAAGAGGGGAAGUUGCUGACUGGAAAGCAGAAGGAAGAAGCUCGCAGAUUAGAAAUGAUGAGAAAGCAAAUACUCACAAAUGCUGGGGGCUUACCACUCCCUGUUGGGGAGACUGCUACGGAUGGAACAAAACGGCCGAAAUACCAAACAAAGAAGUCCAAACAACAAUCCCAUGGAAAUGAUAAACCUAUUGCUGUCACUACUGAAAUCAGUGGUGUGAAGGAAUCUGAGCAGGAAGUUAUACAUGAGGUUGACUCUUUGGAAACAGAGAUGGCUGAAGAAGUAGAUUCACUGAAUACAGAGGACAAAGCAGAGAUUGCUGAUGCCGAAGAAAAUGGAAUUGAAGAAGAUGAAGACGAUGAUGACUGGGAUGCAAAAAGCUGGGAUGAAGAUAAUCUCAAACUGCCUGGUAGAGGUGCAUUUUCUGAUGAGGAGGUAGAUGGCGAACCCAAAGCGUUAGCUAGGAAACAGACAAAGACUGCACUGGCAGCCGUUCGUGAUUCAGGUGCUCCAUCUGUUGCUUCCAAGCAAGCCCCUGUAACUGCACCCGUUGUAUCUAAAAGUGAAAAAACUAAUAGACGGGAGCCAGAGUCUGCGAGCCAGGACAAAAAUGGCCAAGAAAAGAAGGAAGCACAAAAACCUGUUGCAUUGCCAGACAAGAGUGAAAAGAACCUACGUUCUCCCAUUUGUUGUAUUAUGGGUCAUGUUGAUACUGGGAAAACCAAGCUCCUUGAUUGUAUACGAGGCACUAAUGUCCAAGAAGGUGAAGCAGGGGGGAUUACUCAGCAGAUUGGUGCUACUUACUUUCCUGCGGAGAAUAUAAGAGAGAGAACUAGGGAACUUAAAGCUGAUGCUACACUCAAGGUACCUGGUUUAUUGGUUAUUGACACGCCAGGGCAUGAGUCAUUCACUAAUCUCCGCUCCCGAGGGUCAGGUUUGUGUGAUAUUGCAAUUUUGGUUGUGGACAUUAUGCAUGGACUAGAGCAGCAAACUAUCGAGUCCCUCAAUCUUCUAAAGAUGAGGAAUACAGAGUUUAUAGUUGCUUUAAACAAGGUUGACAGGCUCUAUGGAUGGAAAGUUUGCAGUAACUCACCUAUUCAGAAGGCAAUGAAACAACAGAAUGCAGAUGUAGUGCGUGAAUUUAAAGAAAGACUCAUUCAGAUAGUCACACAGUUCAAAGAACAGGGAGUGAAUACGGAAUUGUACUAUAAAAACAAAGAUAUGGGUAAAGAUACAUUCAGCAUUGUUCCCACUAGUGCUAUCAGUGGUGAAGGUAUUCCUGACUUAUUGCUAUUACUUGUCCAAUGGACUCAAAAGACGAUGGUUGAGAGACUUACAUUUAGCAAUGAAGUCCAGUGUACUGUAUUGGAGGUAAAGGUUAUUGAAGGCCAUGGGACAACAAUUGAUGUGGUACUAGUUAAUGGGGUGCUUCAUGAAGGAGACCAAAUAGUUGUUUGUGGCACACAGGGUGAACCUAUCGUGACCUUCAUCCGGGCUUUACUGACCCCUCACCCAAUGAAAGAGCUUCGAGUGAAGGGUACAUAUUUGCACCACAAAGAAAUCAAGGCCGCACAGGGCAUAAAGAUUACUGCCCAGGGCCUUGAACAUGCUAUAGCAGGCACUAGUUUGUAUGUUGUGGGACCGGAUGAUGAUGUGGAUCACGUAAAAGAAGCAGCCAUGGAAGAUAUGAGGUCAGUGAUGAGCAGGAUUGAUAAGAGUGGGGAGGGUGUUUAUGUUCAGGCAUCUACACUUGGAUCACUAGAAGCUUUGCUGGAGUUUCUAAAGAGUCCCGACGUUAGCAUACCAGUUAGUGGCAUUGGGAUAGGCCCUGUACACAAAAAGGAUGUCAUGAAAGCCAGUGUCAUGCUUGAGAAGAAGAAAGAAUAUGCAACAAUCCUUGCCUUUGAUGUUAAAGUUACACAAGAAGCUCGUGAACUUGCAGAUGAAUAUGGUGUAAAGAUUUUCAUUGCUGAUAUUAUAUAUCAUUUGUUUGAUCAAUUUAAAGCCUACAUAGAUAAUCUCAAAGAGGAAAAGAAGAAGGAAGUCGCUGAGGAAGCAGUCUUUCCUUGUGUUCUUAAGAUUGUACCCAGUUGUGUUUUCAAUAAGAAGGAUCCCAUUGUUCUCGGUGUUGAUAUUCUUGAAGGCAUUGCUCGGGUUGGAACUCCUAUUUGUAUUCCUUCAAGGGACUUUGUUGAGAUUGGUCGGAUUGCAUCUAUUGAAAACAACCAUAAACCUGUUGACUCAGCAAAGAAAGGACAAAGGGUUGCCGUUAAGAUAGUUGGAUCAAAUUCUGAAGAGCAACAGAAGAUGUUUGGUAGGCAUUUUGAUGAGGAAGACGAGCUUGUCAGUAAGAUUUCUAGGAGAUCAAUUGACGUACUCAAGGAAAAUUUCAGGAAAGAUCUUUCUGUCGAAGAAUGGAGGCUGCUUGUGAGGCUGAAGAACAUCUUUAAGAUACAAUGAGCUCUCAGUCCUGUUUUUCAGAAAAAUUCCCAGGGAUUGAAGAGGCAAACUGAUUCCGGUAAAAGCACAGUCCCUUUUCAGAGAUAUUAUACACACUUUUGGAAAGUCUUCUUCCAAGAGUACGGCAUAAUGAGCAAUCUUGUGUUAUCAUACAGCUGCGGAUUUGGGAGGUUAGUUUUGGUUGGAUUUCUUGUGCAAGGCUGGUCUUUAGUAUUGAAGUUGUGUUAAAAAAUAUUAUUUAUUCACUCCACCCCACCCCACCCCCACCCCCACAUAAAUUUGUUAUGUGAUUCUCCAUGGUCUUUUAUGGAGUUUUUUUGGUGUCGGCAAUCCGUUGUAUAAAUUAGAGCACACAAGACACACUUUCGAUCCAUUUCUGUGCUGUUGGAUGUUUUUAAUGUGACCGCACAAAGAGAGCAAGAAGGGUACAAUGAGACCAUGAUU